AAAAAAAGACAAAUUAAAAACCACAUAAACACUCCCACUCACACGCACACACAUUGCUCUAACUCCUCCCACUGAUCAACUCGGUGUCAUGUUAGCUUCUCGCUCUUUGCUCUUCAUCACAGAGACCACCACAUCAACAUAGGAUGCCUUUCGGAGGAGGGAACAAGUGUGGUUGCUGCCAGAAGACUGUCUACUUUGCAGAGGAAGUGCAAUGUGAAGGGAAAAGCUGGCAUAAAUCCUGUUUCCUGUGUAUGGUGUGCAAGAAGAACUUGGACAGCACAACGGUGGCUGUGCACGCCGAUGAGAUCUACUGCAAGUCAUGCUACGGGAAGAAGUACGGGCCAAAGGGCUACGGAUACGGCGGGGGAGCAGGGACCCUCAGCGUGGACAAGGGAGAGGCUCUUGGAAUUAAAGCUCCAGUAGAAACUCCGCACCAACCUACCAAUAACCCGAAUUCCUCCAAGUUUGCUGUGAAAGCCAGCGGCUCCGAUGUUUGCCCCCGCUGCGGAAAAACUGUCUACGCAGCAGAGAAGGUUAUCGGAGGUGGCAACUCGUGGCACAAAGGUUGCUUCCGUUGCGCCAACUGCGGCAAAGGACUGGAGUCCACCACUUUGUCGGACAGAGACGGCGAAAUCUUCUGUAAAGGUUGCUAUGCCAAGAACUUUGGACCAAAGGGAUUUGGUUUUGGUCAGGGAGCAGGAGCUCUGGCUCAUUCCAAAUGAAGUCCGACGCCUUGAGACACUCCCAUUUUGUUUACGUCGACAACUGAGCUGCUUUACUCCCGUCAUGCAAAUCCUGCUUCAGCUACACUCGCAUUUGACAAGUCAUAAAAGUUUUAAGGGGAAAGACAACACCUUUAUUAAGUCCAGCGCAGUGGAAAGAUUUGGGGAAAAACUACAUUAAUUAAGCACAUCAAAGGCAUUCCACAGGGCUCAAGCUUAGAACCACUGCUGGUCUUAAAUUGUGUUAGUCUUAUCUAUCAGUUUUCCCAAAAUAUCGACUCUGAUUAACUCAUAAAGUGUAAUUGAUAACAAUAAACGUCCAAGACAUUUUGAAAGGGAGUGUCGGCAGCGAUCAAAUAAAUUGAACGUCUAUCGAUUUCAAUGGCAGUCAAUGGGCUACAAGCAAAAAAAUAAUCCAGAGGUAUAACGAAUAGGGAUGUCCCCGAUCUGACCAUGUGUGAUCGGAAAUGGGGUAAAAAAUUGGGUUUUUAAAAUUUUUAAUUUAUUUGAGGGUUACAAAGAAAAAGAAAUAAUCAAAAUGUAAAAAAAAUGCAGCGAAUGAACGUUCAUUCAUUCACUGCCAUCCCUCUCUGAUCAGAUGAAUUGGACAUCGAAGAGUGAUGAACUUAUUUCAGUCCUCAUAAGAAGGAUGAUUGGACGUGUAGCACAGACAAUGGCAUCCAAUGAGUUAACAAGAAUAAAAGCAAACAUUAAAAGGUCAGUUGCCACAUAUGAGCAGACUUGUACUUUAUAGAUUGUGACACUGCUGCCUCUUUUGUACCUUACAUGCCAAAAGUCAUUUUGGUGAACCACAAAAUAAAUACCCAGCAUCU